UGCACACUCGUCUGACUUUACAACCAGGGGCGAGCAAGAAGAGAUUCGUCCUUGGUUUUCUACAACAGAGCGAAAAUUAGGAAAGUAUUUCAAAUCAACUCCUCGUGAUUAUGAAUAUAGGCCCACAUAGGCUGCUGCUAUAGAAAUCAUAUCCCUCUUCAGAGACGUUACAUUGUUAAUCCGAGUAUGCGCACUGAACGCCUCCAUUGUCUACCAGCUGCAAGCGUUGAGAACGAGCGCGCGGAUAUGAGAGUGCAGGGGAGCGGCAUACGUUGACCCGAUUCUCGGGGAACCGGAGUACAAGCGGAUUCGGACACGUCGUUGGAAAGAGAGACUGGCAGACAGACAGCAACAGUUGUCAUUGCUAUCAGCUGAGUCAGUCUUAAAGACAAAAUAAUACAUAAAUGUGAUAGCCUACUGCGGAGAAGCGCGACUGUCGGAUUCGUUGUUGCGCUGUGUGCUUGUCAUCAUCCCUGUUGUGAUUUAAGGCAGGCAGUCCUGUCAUUAGCUGUGAGGGAAAACGUGUUGCGUUCGCUCAUCUUUAUCGUUUUUUAUGUCAUUCAUUUGACAUCCUCCUGGUAUAGAUUAUCGUUUUUCUCCGUUGGUGUGAAUCAAAACAUUCAGUCGCUCAUGUUCCGGUCAGGGAAAUGGGCUGUUGCGUCUGUUAGACACAGCUGCUUUAGUCAGACUUGACAACCCGGAUUUUUUUAGCUGCCGUUUUGUCCCUGGCAGGGGGCGAGAAGUCCACUGCAGACAGGCGUGUCGGGGGCAAUUCCAGUGACGGCCCUCGACUCUCUGCGGAGCCCCCGUUUUAACAACCCCCACCCAUUUUGCUCGGGUGCUUUGGAUGGGGGGCAAGCAAAGUACGGCAGGGCGGCCCCGGGGUGCUUUUCCCGGUGUCUCGACGGAUGACAGCGCAGUGCCACCCUCGGCCCACUUUGGGCACUACCGACCAAGUGGCACUAUGGGGCUACGUAGCCGCUCAGUGAGUUCAGUGGCUGGGAUGGGCAUAGAACAUAGUCCUGCUGUGCCCUUCGGGUUUUAUACCCCCAGAGGAACAGACUCGGACAGGGCCGGAGGGGGUUCUGGCACUAACGCUGCCCAUGGUAACGGCUACCAGGAAACUGGCGGCGGGCAUCACACGGACAGUAUGCUCUAUCUGGGAUCCCGAGGGUCGUUGGCAGACACCUUGCCCCUGCACAUUGCACCCAGGUGGUUUAGCUCCCACAGUGGGUUCAAGUGUCCUGUCUGCUCCAAGUCUGUGGCAUCGAAUGAGAUGGAGGUGCACUUCAUAAUGUGUCUAAGCAAGCCCCGCCUGUCGUACAACGAUGACGUUCUAGCGAGGGAUGCCGGGGAAUGUGUUAUCUGUCUGGAGGAGCUGCAGCAAGGAGACACCAUUGCCAGACUGCCGUGCCUCUGCAUCUAUCACAAAAGCUGUAUAGACUCUUGGUUUGAGAUCAAUCGGUCCUGCCCUGAGCAUCCUUCAGAUUGACCGGCCUCUGUGUCGCUGCUACUCCUUCAAGGACACUUCACGGUCCUACCAUGGAUAUCUGGACACUGAAGUAACCAAAAAAAAGUCAAGCAAUCAAAACAACCUAUAUAUCAAUUGAUCAAUCAAUCAAGAAAAUCCCUAGCAAACUGAACCAAAAGAAGACACGUCAGGCCAAUACUGUCAGUUCCACCUGCCCCUCCACCCUGCCCCUCUCUUCCAGCUCUAAAGACUGCUAACUGCCAGUCCGGGCCCUCUGUCGGCCAAACCAGGCUGACCGUCCCUCCAGGCAAACUGCCUCACCAGGCGGCUUGCCCCCCCCCCUCCAGCAAGCCGGUCGCCUCACUACAUGCCCUCUGGGCUCCUCCGGGAGUCUGGACUGCUCUGCCCUCCAUUCUGCCCUCCAUUCUGCCCUCCAUUCUGCCUCCAGUCUGGCCCUGUCUGGCUCUCUGUCACUCAUCUGUGUCCAGCCCUCCCGUGUCCAUCACCAGGAAGAGACAGAGGAUGAAGAUAACAAUGGAGAACAGGAAUGUCCCGGCUGGAUUCAGCCUUUCUGUCAGGGCAGGGUCGUCUCCCAAGAUGUUGUUUAGUCAUGAAACAGAAGGCUUCCCCGAAUACUCAUUUAUACCGCACGUCCACUCAUGAAUCCUCUGUUAUAACACCCCACACUCCUUAAUGCUCAGUUAUAUCAACUCCAACACUCAUGAAUCCCCUGUUAUAACACCCCACACUCCUAUAUGCUCAGUUAUAUCAACUCCAACACUCAUUAAUCCCCUGUUAUAACACCCCACACUCAUUAAUCCUCUAUUAUACCACUUCCCCAUUCAUUAAUCCCCAGUUAUAAUACCCUACACUCAUAAAUCCCCAGAUAUAAAAACCCUCACACUCAUUAAUCCCCAGUUAUACCCUCCCCACCCACUCAUUAAUCCUCAAUUAUACCCUCCCCACCCACUCAUUAAUCCUCAGAUAUUCCCUCCCCUCACACUCAUUAAUCCCCAAUUAUACCCUCCCCACCCACUCAUUAAUCCCCAAUUAUACCCUCCCCACCCACUCAUUAAUCCUCAGAUAUUCCCUCCCCACCCACUCAUUAAUCCCCAAUUAUACCCUCCCCACCCACUCAUUAAUCCCCAAUUAUACCCUCCCCACCCACUCAUUAAUCCUCAGAUAUUCCCUCCCCACCCACUCAUUAAUCCCCAAUUAUACCCUCCCCACCCACUCAUUAAUCCUCAAAUAUUCCCUCCCCACCCACUCUUAAAUCCCGAGUUAUAACACUCACCCAUUAAUUAGCAGGAGUCAUACGUGCUUCUCGUAGUCUUCGCUCUGAGGUGGAGUAACGGUGUGUGAGGUGCGACAGUGGUGAGGCAAGUUCUGGCUGUGUAGAUUUCCGCUUGGGCUGUAUUUGUGUGCGUGUGUGUGUGUGUGUGUG